AAAUAUGUUAGCGAAUUGUCAACAGUGCGAGAUUGCGCCACCGAGUGUGUUGAGAAGGAAAUCUGGGAGACGCAAACCUACUGCUGCAAUACAGAUGGCUGCAAUGGGUCCACCAAUUUGCAAGUUUCCAAACCGCUGCUCUUAUUACCGUUAAUAUAUUGCGUGUACAAAUCGUUUGUGGUUGCUUUCAGGGAGCAGCGGCACUAA